AUGACAAAUUCGAAUCGACGAACUAAUAAAUCCUCCAUUGUUCCUUUGUACUAUGAGAUUAACAUAUGGGUGCACAGGUAUCCUGUGUUACUCGUCUCCUUACUUGUCACCUACAUCCCGGAUUAUCAGGCUGAUCAGAAACUGCCGUAUGAAGUUGGGAUUCUUCGCCAGUUCCCGUUCUCCUCCAGUCUGCAACGAAUGUCAGUGAUUGCACGGGUCCUAGACAGUUCGCAUUUCAGCGUGUACACCAAAGGUGCUCCAGAGACAAUUGAAUCCCUGUGCCGACGUGACACGAUUCCGUCAGAUUUUCACUCUCUUCUAUUGGAUUACACACGGGAGGGGUAUCGAGUUCUGGCUUUGGCUUGGCGCCCACUUAAAAUCUCCUACACGCGUGUGCUCAAAAUUCUACGGGAACGAGUUGAACAGGAUUUGCUGUUUCUCGGUCUGUUGGUGAUGGAGAAUCGGUUGAAACCUGAGAGCGCUUCAAUCAUACAGGUGCUCCGGAAUGCUAAUAUACGACCGAUCAUGGUAACCGGCGAUAACAUGCUCACCGCGGUAUCCGUCGCUCGGGAUUGUGAAAUGAUCGAUGAAUUAGAUCGCAUUGUGAUCGUGUCCGCAAAGCCACCACCACCACCGCCAUCGAUUAGCACGAUGAGCACAAUCGUCGGGGAUACGUCAAACGGAAUGAACCACGGAGAUUAUCAGUACUCUCAUGUGGCAUUUGUCACGCACCCCAGCGACGGUGACUCCAGGCUCCCCGGUCCAGCCAUGCCUGUUCUCUCCGGUGUCCGUUUGCAUGAUGCACACACAGAGCCAUUGGUUGAGUUUCACUAUGCCGAGGAUUUACACAAACCAGUGACUGAAGUCACAGCCACUGACGGUGUGUCUUCCCGCCAAUGGCAUUCGAAGCAUCGACGUGGCACUGCGGGUCUGCUCUCAGCACUCCGAAUCAAUGUGUCAAACAAUAGAACUUGGUUCCGACGUCGCACACAUCAUUGCAUUGUGUGA